UGAUUUUAACAUCGGCUUAAACGAAAAGCCCGCUAAUUCAGCACGUGCCAAUCAAGAUUGUAAUUGUAACGACUAGAAUCGGCGACAAAAAGCUUCGAACAAUCAGCAGCUUCAAUCAGGAGCUUAGAUAAAAAUAAUAAAAAAAAACUGAAAAUUUUGUUACAGAAACCAAGAAACAUCCUCAGAUCUUCCGAAUCAUACGAAUUAAACCCAAAAUUUUUGUUAAUAAAAAGAAGGAAACCAGCAUACAGCUGUUAAUCAACCCGACAAUGAUGGAGUCGAACUUGAAUCUCCUUCAAUCUCUCGAACCAAAGAGAGACGCCUAUGGAUUUUCUUUGAGACCUCAACACAUACAAACAUAUAGACAGUACGUUAAUAUCUACAAGGAAGAGGAAGAGGAAAGAUCAGAGAAAUGGAAGAUCUUCCUCGAACAGCAUUCAAAACCGAUUGAACCAUGCCUUUCUGAGGAGGAUAAAAAAAUAUUGCAGGCUGAAGCUACUGAGCCGAAAAAUAAGGCUCUUUCUGAGGAGGAAAAUAAAAAGACAUUGCAUUUGGCAGCUACAGAGGCAAAUGAAGAGGCUGCUAUUGAGGCAGAAGAAGAGACUGCUUUUGAGAAGGAAAACAAGGUGACAUUGCAGACUGAAGCUAUCCAAUUGAAUGAAGAAGCUGCUUCUGAGGAGGAAUAUAUGGAGACAUUCCAAGGUGAAGCUAUAGAUGAAAGCAAAGAGAAAUCACAAACUGAAGCGACUGAGUUAAAAGAAGAGGUUUGUUCAGAGAGGAGCAAGGAAGGAGAUGCUCCAAGUGCAAAGCUUGAUUCUGCUAAUUCAACAGAAAAUGAAACAGGAAAGGAGGUGCAGCUUGCAGAAGAAACAAAGAUACAUAAGGUUGAAAGAUGGGCUAAUACCAGACCAGCCCUUUGUGCCAUUGAGAAUAUGAUGAAUUCAAGGGUUAAGAAGGGAAGGAAUAUGAAAAAUAUGAAUAUGAAUGAAAGCGGAGACCAUCUUCCAUCAAUAAAAGAGGCAAGAUCUCCAGAAGGAGAAUCUGAGGAUGAAAUUGAGGAAAAGGUCUGUGUUAAUGAGAACUCAGCAAGGGAAAAAAGUAAUGCAGACAAUGGGGCCUUUCAAGAAUCCUUUUUUCCUUGGAAAGAAGAGCUGGAGAGCCUUGUUCAUGGAGGAGUACCGAAGGACCUCAGAGGGGAGGUGAGGUUGAAACUUCUCUGUCUGUUAUUGUCUCAAUAUUUAGUGGUUGAAAAAUGCAUUGUUUGCUAUAAUAUGGUCAUUGCAGUAUGGCAAGCCUUUGUAGGUGUUAAGGCACGACGAGUGGAGAGGUAUUAUGAGGAUUUGCUGGCUCAAGAAAACUAUGAUGCUGAUCAACAUAGUGACUCAUCUGUUGUGUUCAGAAAAUGGAGAAAGCUGAUUGACAAGGAUUUACCACGGACUUUUCCAGGUCAUCCAGCUUUGAACAAUAAUGGUAGGGAUUCCUUGAGGCGUUUACUUUUAGCAUAUGCUCGACAUAACCCCUCUGUUGGGUACUGUCAGGCAAUGAAUUUCUUUGCUGGAUUAUUGCUACUUUUGAUGCCAGAGGAAAAUGCCUUUUGGACCUUGGUGGGCAUUAUCGAUGAUUACUUUGAUGGGUGCUAUACAGAGGAAAUGAUAGAAUCUCAGGUUGAUCAACUUGUAUUAGAAGAGUUGAUGCGUGAAAGAUUUCCCAAAUUGGUCAAUCAUCUGGAUUACUUGGGAGUGCAGGUGACAUGGAUUUCUGCACCUUGGUUUCUUUCCAUUUUUGUUAAUAUGCUUCCUUGGGAAAGUGUUCUUCGCAUUUGGGAUGUGCUUCUAUUUGAAGGAAAUCGUGUUAUGCUCUUUCGAACGGCCCUUGCUUUAAUGGAGUUAUAUGGUCCUGCCUUAGUUACAACUAAAGAUACUGGGGAUGCCAUCACUUUGCUGCAAUCCCUAGCUGGCUCAACAUUUGACAGCAGCCAACUUGUUUUGACUGCCUGCAUGGGUUUUUUUGCUGUGACUGAUGUUAAACUACAAGAGUUGAGAGAAAAGCAUAGACCAGUUGUGCUACUGGUCGUUGAGGAAAGAACAAAAAGAGGUCGAGUUUGGAAAGAUUCAAAAGGACUUGCAUCUAAGCUGUACAGUUUUAAGCACGAUCAUGGAUCUCUGCUGGAAGAAACAAAACCUGCGGAAGAUUUAGCUGAUAGAGACACAUCUAAGUUGGAACCCUGGUCCUCUAAUCUAGAUGAAUUGCUCUGUAGCCUAAAUGCAGGUUCAGAAGUUGAUUCCUUACCAGAUCUUCACGAGCAGGUUGAUUGGAUGAAGGUUAAGUUGUGUAGGUUGCUUGAGGAAAAAAGAGCUGCUGUACUCCUAGCUGAGGAGCUAGAGACAGCACUCGUGGAGUUGGUCAAAGAAGAUAACCGACGUAUAUUGAGUGCAAAGAUUGAACGGCUAGAGCAAGAGGUGGCUGACCUACACCAAGCUCUUGCUGAUAAGAAAGAACAGGAAGCUGCGGUGCUUAAGGUUUUGAUUCGGCUAGAGCAAGAGCAAAGGAUAACUGAAGAUGCUCGCAGAAAUGCAGAGGAAGAUGCAGCUGCCCAGAGACAUGCAGUUACUGUGCUCCAGGAAAAAUAUGAGAAGGCUAUGGCUUCUAUUGCUCAGAUGGAGAAGAGAGUGGUUAUGGCAGAAUCAAUGCUGAAGGCUACCUUGCAAUAUGAAUGUGGCCAAGCAAAAACGCCAUCUUCUCCACUGACUCAGAAUACCACACAGGACAGCCCCAGAAGAAAGGCAGGGCUAUUUUCAUUUGGACUUGGCUGGCGUGACAAGAACAAGGGCAAGCCUAAUUUUGAGGGGUCCACGGACAGUAAAUCCAAGCCAAGCACAACUCAGGAAGAAACUAACACCCAAGACCAAGAGAAGAACUCUAGUCAGGGAUAGCCCUAGUGCCUUGUCAUC